AUGGGCCUCAAGGACUUCGAGAUCCUCCACCGCCUGGGCAAGGGCUCCUUCGGCACGGUCUACAAGUGCCGCCGCGUCUCCGACGGCGAGAUCUACGCCAUGAAGCGCGUCAACAUCAGCCACAUGAAGGACGCGGAGAUCGGCGACGCGCUCACGGAGAUCCGCGUGCUCGCGUCCGUGCGCCACCGCAACGUCGUGCCGUUUUUGGAGUCGUUCGUCGAGAAGGGCCGCGAGCUCGUGCUCGUGCUCGACUUCUGCGACGGCGGCGACCUCGCGGCCGUCGUCGAGCAGGCGCGCAAGGCCCGGCGCCUCCUGGGCGAGGCGAAGAUCUGGCACUACGCCGUCCAGCUCGUCGACGGGUUGCGGUACCUCCACGGGCGGUCGAUCGUGCACCGCGACGUCAAGCCCGCGAACGCGUUCCUCACGGCGAAAGGCGAGGUCCGCAUCGGCGACCUCAACGUGUCCAAAAUCGUCAAGGACGACAAGGGCGGCCUCAUGAAGACGCAGAUCGCUAUCGGCACGCCCUACUACAUGGCGCCGGAGAUCUGGGCCGACCGGCCCUACUCGCGCGCGGCGGACGUCUGGGCGCUGGGCUGCACGGUCUACGAGCUCUGCUGCCUGCGGCCGCCCUUCCACGCGCGGUCCGUCGCCGCGCUCGGCAAGGCCGUGCGGUCCGGCCGCCGCGACGCGAUCCCGCGGACCUACUCGAGGGAGCUCCGCGACUUCGUCGACGGCAUGCUCCAGGUCAACGCGUCGAAGCGGCCGUCGAUCGACGCGCUCGCGGCGUCCGAGGUGUUG